AUGGGUUCACUUGGUGUUCCGAACUUGCCCGAGAGGCAACGCGCCAUCAUCCAAGCUCAAAGCCCGCCAGGGAAGCUGGUUCUUACCUAUGACCGACUUGUACCUAAGCCAGCAUCCGAUGAAGUUUUGGUUCGCGUCCAUGCGGUUGCGGCUAAUCCAUCAGAUUGGAAAAUGUCCACGCAGUUUCCGUGCCCCGGCGGCGGAUGCGGCAUGGACUUUUCCGGUGUGGUGGUAGCGACUGGUCCCGGGCUUGAUCCGGAAAUAGGCAUUGGAGUUGGUGAUGCGGUUGCUGGAGCGGUUCACGGAGCCAAUCCCAUAGAUCCUCAAGCCGGCUCAUUUGCAGAGUAUACCUGUGCUUUUGCAGAUCUCACGUGGAAAGUUCCUCGGCCAUUGUCCUUGACAGAUGCUGCGGCAAUUGGAGGCUGUUGUGUGGCCACGGUCGGGCUUGCCCUCUUUGCUGAGGAUGCUUUGGGACUCAGAUACGAGUUGAAUCAGUCUUCUGAGAACUCCAAGCCACCUUUUGUGUUGAUUUAUGGAGGAAGUACUGCUUCAGGAACUAUGGCAAUCCAACUGGCUAAACUGUGA